AUGGCUAGUCUCCCUGUGAUCACGCACUGGGACGACCAGUCAUCAGUAACAGGCACGAACUCAUCUCCAUCCGAAAGCCCAGUCUCUGACACCAGUUCCCGGACUACACAAACUUCAAGAACGAACGUGCCUUUGUUCCCCCAAGUCCCCGGUACUACGUCUCAAUCGACUCUACGGACUUUGGGAAGCAGCAACGAAGCCGUAACGGGAUGGCCGAGCCUGGCGAAGGAGAUGGCAGAAGUGCCCGAGUUCGAAGCAUUCAGCCGCUUUCGAGAACUGAAUAUCAAGAAUCUUCUCUACUACCAAGUCGAGAUUGCAGGUUUGGAAGAGAAGCUGAAGAACCUUGAGGCACGCGACGCAGCCACCAAGGCCACGAGAGGGGUCGAGGCCAACUACUCAAGAUUGGCCGAGAGAAUGAUACGUUGCCAGGACCUCCCCAACACAAAAGAUCGCUCGCAAUGGGAUGUGGUGGCCAAGAUACGAGAGCGAUUGAAAGAAUACAAUGCCUCGCUACUCCAACAUGCCCAGAUAUCAGCGCUACCGCAACCCGACAGCGAUAAUGUCGAGUGCCUACGACAGUGGCUGAGGAAGGCCGAUGGGGGAAACUACAAAAUCAUGGGGAAGGGAAGCGAUGCUUGGGGUGAUCAAACUCGGCCCACGGAAGAAAUACCUCUGUCGAAAAGAAUUCUGCCACUCAUUUGCAGUAUCUUCCAUCCACAGGAACUCACCCGGACAGGCCUCGACCUCGUCACGACCCAGCCGCGUCAAAAAGUAGACGGCCUUACGCGCUGGGUGGCUAAUGAGUGGAUUCCCUUCUAUCACGACUGGCGGUACGGAGGGAAGAAGGGGAAGAGGGAUCACGGUGACAUGUGCCAGAGCAAACUCGAAACGUACUCGGAGAUGAAGAUGUUGAGGUUCACUUCCGCCGUGGCGACCGUUGUCGCCUGCUUGCUCCCGACUUUGGCCAUCGGUGUGUUGACAACAGCUAAAGGGACACUGCAAAAGCUUGGAUACAUUGCUGGUUUCACAGCCAUGUUCUCUAUCGGCUUGAUGUGGCUCACUGACGCUGGAACUUCAAGAGUGCAAAUCUUUACUGCCACCGCUGCGUUUUCGGCAGUGUUGGUUGUAUUUGUCCAGGGCCAGUAG